GUCAGUUGGUUGUUUCAUUUCGCGCAACGCGCAUUAAUAGAGUUGUCCAUGGUUGAUAAACUGACGUAAGACAAAAUAUGACAGUUAUAACCUGAUACAAAAAGAGAAGUCGACUCUACACAAAAUGAUGGAUUCAGACUCAAUCUCACAGCCGGUCCUCAGAGAUCGUAAAAACCAUACGAUCACUUGCAAUGUUGCAAAUUCUAAUUCGCCUGGGCAAAACAGCGAUGCAGAUGGUGUUGGUGCUAAUAGCAAUGAUGUGGCGCUAAUGGCAAAAUUGCAAGCGCAAGUUAGAGCAUUUAUUUCGCCCUCGGUCUAUUCGAUGCUGAGCAACCUUCGUCGAAAGAUGGCAUUAGCGUUUGGUUUAGACUACGCACCGGCAUCAACUGUGGGCAUGACGUUUGGCGCAUGUUGCUCCAAUGUCGUCUUUCUCGAACAACUGGUUAGGCUGGAGCCGGGCUGUACAACUUUGGUGACGUUUGCACAAUUCGCCUUUAUCGCCGUUGAGAAGUUUUUCAGUGAGACACGUUGCUUCCGAAAGAAGCGGGCUGUCCCAUUGUCAAGAUACAUCGAAAUGGUUGCGGUAUUUUUCACUCAGAGUUUUCUAAACAACUAUGUAUUCAACUUCGAUAUUCCUAUGCCAUUGCACAUGAUCUUUAAAAGUGCGUCCUUGUUAUCGAAUAUGGCGUUGGGUAUCGUUAUACUUAACAGAUCAUAUUCGUUUCGAAAGUACAGCGCUGUAAGCCUUCUAACCGUUGGAAUCAUAGUGUGCACGAUGGCGAGUGCUGCACCCCGAGAACAAAUGGCUGACACAAGAAGCAGCCAUCUUACCUUUUCUCUGACACAGAUUAUUGGUAUAGCAAUUCUGAUUCUUGCGUUGUUGCUUUCGUCUAUGAUGGGAAUUCUACAGGAAAAAGUAACAGCUGACUUCGGCAAACACCCGGGUGAAAUGAUGUUCUACAUACACGCACUGGCACUGCCUGUGUUCGUGAUGUUUACACCUCAGAUGUGGCACUCUUUUAAAAUUUUGGCCGCUACGCCCAGCUCGUGGAUAACGUUAGGCCUGCCGACUGGUAUCGGCUCAUUACUAGCCAAUAUCUUGACACAGCACUUAUGUAUCACCAGCGUGUGUAAACUAAGUACCGAAUGUACUUCGCUAACCGUUACACUUGUGCUUACAUUGCGAAAGUUUGUCUCACUUGUCAUCUCUAUCUUUUAUUUUGGCAAUGAAUUUUCCUUUCAACAUUGGAUUGGUACAGCUCUGGUGUUCAUCGGUACGUUGCUAUUUCUUGAUGCACCGCCGUCCUCAGGGCAAAAAGAUGCGAAGGACAAGCAGGCGAAAGUCCUUCUCUCCAAAGUAGAAAAACAAAAAUCUAGAGAUAAAUUAAAUUGAAUAAUAUGUUUAAAAAAUAAUAAAGUUUGCAAGCAGAAAAUACAUAUAGUGGUGUGUAGAAAACGUCGCUUCAUGAGUUUUUAACCUGUGACGAAAUAGAAUAUUAGACUAUUUUACGUGGUAGGAGAUAUCUGAGACGGGAAAAGCAGAGCAAAUAUGAUUAGCACAGUCCACUAUUUGUAGUUGUUGUUAAUAAAUGCUGAGACAUAUAAAAUAGUACUAUCCAAUGAUCUUACAAUUUUCUUUACAGCUCAUUUAAUAAAUGUGUCUCAGCCACAUGGCAAGAAUUACGUGUAGGUAAGGUAGUGCUUGUUUGUAACAGAUAUAUAUAUAUAACUCUGAAUGAAUGAAAGUACACAUUAACUAGUUAGUAUUUUCAAAAUCCUCAUCUUCUAAACACAUUCGAAAGUGAAUUUAGAACGUAUGACAAAACAGUGGUGAAAACAUAUAGAAAACCAGUUAAAUGAAAAAGCUUGGACAGUUUUAUUUAAGCAAAGUAAAACUGUAUACAAAUCGAUUAAGAUAACUGAACAGUCCAGAUCUCAUAUAAGACUAGUGCACCUCCCAAAAUGUGGUAUAGGAGAUAAGGUGUAUACUGCAUGCCUGUGAUCAUCACUAUUUUUAAAAUACUUGUUUACAUCAUGAUGAGAUACAGUCAAUAACAUCAUACGAUUACACAAAUUCAGCUGACGACGACAAACAAGCUUAUUUUACAACAAACAAGCCGUUGAAAUGUUGAAGUUUUUACGCGACUAUAACAAAACGUCAUGUUGUAGGCAGCCAGCAAUAAUGUCUCUGAUUUCCUAUUCAUGAUGACGGAGUCGACUGCGCGGGUGCUACUCCUCAAUCUAAUUAAUUUUAGCAAUAAGAUAGUAAGUAUUAAUUUGAUAUCACAAAUUCCAUAUACUCCGUUGGAUACCAGUACUUCCGGCAGAGUGAAGUUCAAUUAUGGCAAAAAGUUUCUACAGCCAUAUUCCGAUAACCAACCUGUCUGGCAUAAACUCAGAUACGUAUACGUUAGUUGUACUACAACAAAUGUUUUUGUGUAGGAUUUUAACAUAUGUAAACAUUGUUUGUAUAUUAUUUCAUAUGAUGUAUGGUAUACAAUGAAGCUACGACGCAAAUAAAACUUGUUAUAUUCGCAGUUAUACCAUCUGA